AUGGAUUCGCGGGCCUUAGAAGAACCGCAGCCUUUGGAUAUAUGCCUCUUGGAUGAUAUCAAUGUCUUGGCGGGAUGGGAGUAUUGGCUCAAACUCUCCUACUACACCGCCGACCUCCACAUCGUCCGGGCCUGGAGCCUGAAUUCUAGGGCUACAGAGGUGUCAUUUGAGUCUCAGGCCAGGGCUCUGCAAGGAGCAAUAGUGUAUUCCUUCCUGGACGCUGACCGCUUGCAGAACCCUCAGUCCCUCGAUGAAGCUCUGAAGGGCCGUCGAUUUGCUUGCGACUGGGAACAGCAGGUGUUUCCUGUAGGAGCUCUGGAGGCCCCCGUCUCCUUCGCCGCUUCGCCCACGGGAACCUUUAAAGUCUUGUUGUGCAAACUCGCGACGGGGAGCACCCUCGCUCACCAGGAAGCAGAUGGCGACUUUGCAACACGCGAGAUUCCGGGGGCCUAUGCUUCUAUGGCGCUCAUACAAUCUUCUCCAGCCACAAGUGAAACAAAGAUGCUGAGGAUGCAGUACCGCGUGAGGAAGAGCACGCAAGUGCUGCCAUCCUUGGUCCUGGAGUUCGCCUUCCAGUCUCUCCUCAUCGAAGUCUCCCAGCCGAUGUGCGAAGUCUGUACUUUCCUCCCCGCAACGCUUUUCUGCCCUGCAGACAGGGCCCACCUCUGCGAUGAAUGCGAUCAGCUUCAUCACAGCGCCAGCAGGCUCCUGGCCAGGCACAAGCGCCUCCCUGUCACACAUUCUCCAUUCCAAUUUGGACAGUGUCCUAACCAUCCCUCUGAGAUGAUCGACUGCGUCUGCAUGGUGUGCUUCGUGGCAUUGUGUCCUCACUGCAUUCUCAUAGGACAUCACUCAGCGGCAGACUUUUCUGAGCACCCGUUGAUAUCGACUUUAGACGCAUACAAGAUGAGCAUGCAAGGCACUUCCCCGAGUGAGGAAGCACUCAGCCUGCGACGCGAGAAAAUUCUCAAAGAUCUUCAGGAUAAUCAUCGCCUUCUUGCCCGACUUCAUGCCAAUUUCGUAUCUGUGCAUCGCAAGAUAGACGACUCUAACAAGGCCCUCAUGGAGCAGCUGCAGAUUCUGAAGAACCGUCAGGUUGGAUUUUUGCAGGCCAUUAAGAGAGAGCUUCUUACGGAGUGCCUCAUAAUUGAGUGGAUGGAGGCGUUCUUUGCGCACUUGCGACUGGCGCUCUGCCCUUCGGACUAUCUGAAUUACCAGCAUCGCCACGAUCUUCUCGCGGCAGACCUGUUUGGUGGAACGCUUCGGAUAGAAGUCGAACUGGAAGCGCUGCCUCCCUGGGUAACAGAAAAGCUAUUCCUUGAGGGUGGCUUUAGGGUCAGCUCGACUCCCUUCUCCAUCCCCGAGCUUAGGGCCUCCAAAGUUGCAGAUGACAACCUGCUACGCGUGUUUUUGACGGGAAUAGACAAGACUCGAAAAACCAAGCUGAAGAUCCUGGAAACCGAAAGUACUGAGGAGUCGGGGGUGGCUGCCUGCCCUGCCUCAGAUGACGAUUCUUCUUCCGCAGAGUGGAGCCUCCUAGUGGGUACUGCAGACGAUGCGAUUCCAGGGCCCCAAGUCCAUGCACUGUCUAAGGUGUUGCUCUUUCCUGACGAGCCAGCAGCGCAGGGCCUCCCCAGUCAAAAACAGCAAGAAGUCAUUGAAGCAGAAGGAACGAACUGUGAGAGGGCAGAAACAGACAAAGACACGCUUCCUCCUCAAGUGCGUAAAGCCCUGGAGGCUGCAGAACGGCGCGAACGAGAAGAUCUGGCUUCAGGAAACGGCCUCGUAGAUCCCCUGAACUCAAUACCCAGAGAGCUCCCCAAGCAGCUCUGGGCAAUUGCCUCAGACAUAAAUUUCAAGCCCCUGCUUCUGAUUCUCAAGGCUGCAGGCCGGCAGCAGCUGCCUGACCUGUUGAGGAACUCUUGUCGCCUUGCCUGCUACAUGAGGGAUAUUCAGAGCUUUUUAAAGAAGCUUCUUGAGUUUGAGCUGGAGGCUGUAAGCCACCUGCCCGAGUCGAUGUUCCUUUCCGCCGCCUCCCUCGUUUCGCCGCUUCUCGACAGCAUGUUGCUGCCUCCGCAUCCCCUUCUGCUGAUGGAAGACCGCCGCUGGCUCUUCUCUAUGCUGGGGGCCCCCUUGGGAGCUCUUACGCGGGCUCUCGCUGCUCAGGGCGAGGCCCACAGCGGACAGAACGGGGCCCCUGACGAUGUGGUAUUCCCUCCUUUAAAGGAGCUUGUAGAUCGCGUGACAGAAACCAGGUUCUGCGUCAUCCCGGCAACUCUCAGGGGGCUUCUUUACUUGCUCACCGACUGCAUCGAUGCCCAGGGGCCCCUUUGGGGCGGUCUUACCCGCGUUCACGGGGGGCCCCCCAUACCCUUCAACACAGUCAGUGCAGCGGCAGUCUGCGUCUGCUCCCAGGUGCUGCUCUGCCACUUCUUUGCAACUUCGUUGCAGCUCAUGCGCGAGGAGGCCCUUGCAGGGCUGACUGCGAAAGAGAAUGUGAAGCAGCAGCUGGCGCUGGCAGUCCCUCCUCAAGAGGCAGGCAAGGAGGUAGCGGAGGUUGCAGCAAUUCACUCAGAGCGUUAUUUCUGGGAGAGACGGAAUCUACCAUCCCUCUCUAUCCUGGGUGAGGCCCUGAGGCGGUUAGGGACCUUCUGUUGGGAUCCCGCUGUCACUGCCAUGUUGUUGGAUCAAGACAAGCUCAGCUUGACGAAGGAAGAGAAGGCCAUGGGAGAGGCCCUCGCGAAAGUCAAGGAGAGACUUGAGACGCAUCCCGAUCACCGUUUCUUCGCAGAGCUAGCCGUCCGCUUGGUGAGCUGGAUGCGCGGACAGCUAGCGCUCCCUCGGCUCUUUUCCCCUUUGACAUUCUCAGCGUUGGGGCAGCCGCGUGAUGGCCAGAAUGCAGCCAAAGCUAUUCUCACCCACAUCGCCAAACUUGAUGAAGAGCUCAAGAACGGAGAAGCUACUCUAAAUGCUCGAUUGACUCCAGAAGACAUCUACUCUCCACACUUCGAUCAACUGGUAUCCCUGGCUCUCAAGGCCGCCGCCUUCACGCUCCCUAAAACAAGUGCCUGA